UGGCGCAGCUGCGUGUAGUUCGGGCCGGGAGAUUAACAGCGGCGCGGGCGGUUGCCUAUCAUGGCGCUACCCCGAGAGGUGCCGUGGCGGCGGUUGGCCGGGAUCUCGUUCGGGAUGUACACGGCCGAGGAGCUCAGGAAACUAAGUGUGAAGGCUAUCACCAACCCACGCUACCUGGACAACGUGGGGAAUCCCGCCGCCAACGGUCUCUACGACCUGUCUCUGGGCCCGCCGGACUCUAGAGAAGCCUGUACCACUUGCAUGCAGGACUUCGACAGCUGCCCGGGGCACUUCGGCCACAUCGAUCUGCCGCUCGCUGUCUACAACCCUCUGUUCUUUGAUAAAUUAUACUUUCUCAUCCGUGGUUCUUGUUUAAACUGUUGCUUGCUGACAUGCACCCGAGCAGUGGUUCACUUACUACUAAGCCAGCUGAAGGUCCUGGAGAGAGGGUUGCUUCAUGCCGUUUAUGAUCUUGAAGCUGUCCUGAAUAGGUUUUUAGAUGAAAAUGCAGAUGCAACUGGUCCAGAGAUUGAAGAAGAAUUAAGCCGCCACGUGAAUGAAAUGCUACAAAACAACCAGCUAGGAGAUCAGUGUUCAAAUGUAAAAAAUGUAUGCGAAUGUAGGAGUAAGCUGAUUGCACAGUUCUGGAAAUUGCACAUGACUUCAAAGAGGUGCCCAAACUGCAAAGCUAAAAGAUCACUGGUUCGAAAAGAGCAUAACAGCAAGUUGACAGUUACCUAUCCUACUGCGGUACGUCAGAAGUCAGGCAAGGAGGCCAUCGUGGAACAGCCAGCAACCAUAGAUGAGUCUCAUAUGGGGAAAAGAGGCUACAUGACGCCUAUCAGUGCCAAAGAACAUGUUACAGCUCUGUGGAAGAAUGAAGGUUUCUUUCUGAGUCACCUCUUUUCGGGUCUGGAAGUUGGUGAGAAUUCAGGAUUCAGUCCUGAUAUGUUCUUCCUUGAUCUCGUUAUGGUUCCACCUUCAAGAUAUCGUCCUGUGAAUCGCCUGGGAGACCAGAUGUUCACAAAUGGUCAGACGGUAAAUUUGCAGGCUGUUAUGAAAGAUGUCCAGAUGAUAAGGAAGCUUUUGGCUUUCAUGGCUCAGGAACAAAGUCAAUCAAUAAAAAUUGGAGAGAAUGAAGUCCAGGAGGAGAUAAAUGAGCCGUUGGAACCACUGGACCAUUCCAUCCUGGCAACAAUCCCGGGACAAAGCACUGCAGAUAAACUCUACAAUAUUUGGGUUCGCCUUCAGAGCCACGUCAAUAUUGUAUUUGAUAGUGACAUGGACAAACUAAUUUCAGACAAAUACCCUGGCAUCCGUCAGAUACUGGAGAAGAAGGAAGGUCUGUUCCGCAAACACAUGAUGGGAAAACGUGUGGAUUACGCUGCUCGGUCGGUCAUUUGCCCCGACAUGUACAUCGGCACGAAUGAGAUUGGCAUCCCCAUGGUGUUUGCUACAAAACUGACUUAUCCUCAACCAGUAACUCCAUGGAAUAUCAAAGAACUGAGGCAGGCUGUUAUAAAUGGUCCCAGUGUUCACCCUGGAGCCUCCAUGGUCAUUAACGAAGAUGGGUCUCGCACGAUUUUGAGCACAACCAGCCAGACACAGAGGGAAUCCAUAGCCAAGCAGCUCCUCACUCCUCCCACUGGUGCCCCAAAGUCAGCAAUGAAAAUAGUCUGCCGCCAUGUUAAAAAUGGAGAUGUCCUCUUACUGAACCGUCAGCCUACCCUUCAUAGACCCUCUAUCCAAGCCCACCGGGCUAGAAUCCUGCCUGGAGAGAAGGUGCUGAGGCUUCACUAUGCCAAUUGCAAAGCCUACAAUGCUGACUUUGACGGUGAUGAAAUGAAUGCUCAUUUUCCUCAGAGCGAAUUGGGCCGAGCUGAAGCGUACACCUUAGCCUGCACUGAUGAGCAGUAUCUUGUUCCCAAGGAUGGCAAACCGCUGGCAGGUUUGAUCCAGGACCACAUGAUCUCUGGUGCCAGUAUGACGAUUCGAGGCUGCUUUUUCACGAGGGAGCAGUAUAUGGAGCUGGUCUAUCGAGGGCUCACAGACAAAAAAGGAAGAGUGAAAAUUCUUCCACCUGCCAUCAUGAAACCACAACAGUUAUGGACAGGAAAACAGGUUGUUUCUACGUUGUUAAUAAACGUAAUUCCAGAAAAUCACAUCCCACUGAAUUUGUCCGGGAAAGCUCAGAUUGGGGCAAAAGCCUGGGUGAAAGGGCCUGUGAACAGGAUUCCUGGGCUGAAUCUAGAUUCAAUGUGUGAAUCUCAGGUUGUCAUGAGAGAAGGGGAGUUACUUUGUGGGGUCUUGGACAAGGCACACUAUGGCAGCUCUGCUUUUGGCCUGGUCCAUUGUUGCUAUGAGGUUUAUGGUGGUGAAACCAGCGGCAAGGUGCUUACCUGUCUAGCUCGCCUCUUCACUGCCUACCUGCAACUCUACAGGGGAUUUACAAUGGGGGUCGAAGAUAUUUUGGUGAAACCCCGAGCAGACCACAAAAGAGGUAAAAUUAUUGAAGAGUCGACCUACUGUGGUACCAAGGCUGUUAGAGCUGCCUUUAAUUUGCCAGAAACAACAUCACAUGAGGAGGUCCAAGGGAAAUGGCAGGAUGCUCAUCUCUGCAAAGACCAGAGGGAUUUUAAUAUGGUUGAUCUGAAAUUCAAGGAGGAAGUAAACAAUUACAGCAAUGAGGUUAACAAGGUAUGUAUGCCUCUUGGUCUCCAUAGGAGCUUCCCAGAGAACAAUUUGCAGCUAAUGGUGCAGUCAGGAGCCAAAGGAUCGACUGUAAAUACAAUGCAGAUUUCCUGCUUGCUGGGCCAGAUUGAGUUGGAAGGACGAAGGCCCCCACUAAUGGCAUCUGGGAAAUCAUUGCCUUGUUUUCAGCCGUACGAUUUUUCCCCUAGAUCUGGAGGAUUUGUGACUGGCAGAUUUCUCACAGGCAUCAAGCCUGCUGAGUUCUUCUUUCACUGCAUGGCUGGCAGAGAAGGUCUGGUGGACACAGCAGUCAAAACCAGUCGAUCUGGUUAUCUCCAAAGGUGUAUCAUUAAGCACUUGGAAGGGCUGGUGGUUCAGUAUGAUCUAACUGUGCGGGACAGCGAUGGCAGUGUGGUGCAGUUCCUAUAUGGUGAAGAUGGGCUUGAUAUUCCAAAGACUCCGUUCCUGCAACCGAAGCAGUUUCCUUUCAUUGCAGAUAACUAUGAGGUGAUAGAGAAGUCUAAGCAUUUGGAUGAAGCUUUAUCCAGGAUGGAUCCUCAUCAAGCAAGUCAACAAUUCAGAGCCAUCAAAAAGUGGCAAGCCAAGCACCAAAGCUCUUUGGCAAGGGAAGGAGCCUUUCUGCUGUUCACACAGAAAAAAAUGGCAAGUUUAAGAGAACAGAUCUCUGAAGGGGAGACCAAAAAUGGCAGAAGUCCUGCCACUCAGCAGUUACUGAGCAUGUGGUAUGAACUGGAUGAGAAGAAACGGAGAAAAUAUUUAAAGAAGACCUCCAAAUGUCCUGAUCCCAGCCUUGCUGUCUGGCGUCCAGAUAUUCAUUUUGCCUCUAUUUCAGAAACAUUUGAAGUGGGAGUAGAGAAUUAUAUCAGGGAAUGGGAAGCUCAGAACAACAGAAACUAUGUAAAAUCAGAGCUUUCUUAUGAUAGACUGAAGAACUUGCUGUAUUUAAAGUGGCAGCGAUCCCUGUGUGACCCAGGAGAAGCUGUGGGCCUACUUGCUGCUCAAAGCAUUGGGGAGCCUUCUACACAGAUGACUCUGAACACCUUUCAUUUUGCUGGCAGAGGUGAAAUGAAUGUCACUCUGGGUAUCCCGAGGUUACGAGAGAUCCUCAUGGUAGCCAGUGCAAAGAUUAAAACACCAAUGAUGAGUGUGCCUGUGCUCAAUACUAAGAAAGCUCAAAAGAGGGUGAAAAGACUUAAGAAACAGCUUACAAGAGUGUACCUAGCUGAUGUCUUGCAGAACAUUAAAAUUGACGAGUCUCUGUGCAUAGAGGGCAAACAGAGCAAGUAUCGCCGCUACCAAAUCAGAUUUCACUUCCUGCCGUAUGAAAGCUAUCGGGAAGAGAAGUGUCUGAAGCCAAGGGAUAUCUUGCACUUCAUGGAGACCAGGUUAUUUAAAAUCAUGCUUGAAACAGUUAAAAGGAAGAGUACAAAGAUGGCAUCUUUCAGUGCAAUCAACACUCGGAAGGUGACUCAGAAGGAUCUAGAUGGAGAUGAUGGAGCAACUCAAGCAAACCAGGUACAGGAUGAUAAUGAAGCUGAGGCUGAAGAAGGGAGGCCUGUGGAUGGUGAAGCUGAAGAAGGGGAUGCUGAUGCUACAGAUGCAAAGCGGAAGGAGAAGCAGGAAGAAGAGGUUGAUUAUGAGAGUGAGGAAGAGGUGAAUGAGGAAAACGGUGAUGAAAAUUCAGAAGAUGAAGAAGGUCCCUUGCUUGAUGAUAAAAGGGCUGAGGAGUCUGAAGAAGGUUCAAAUGUAUUGUGCCAUGAGGACGAUUCUCAAUUUUCUGCCUCUAGUUCUCUGUCUAAGAAAGAGAAAACACCUAAACAAAACGCAUCAGUAGAGCUAAGAGUCAGUUCUGUAGUGAGCAGUCAUCCCUCCAUAGAGAAUUACGAAUACGAUGUAGAAAAUGAGCUCUGGUGUGAGGUUUCCCUGAAGCUUCCUCUGAUGAAGGCAUACUUUGAUCUCUCCUCCUUCCUGGAGUCCCUCAUGCAAAAUACAGUUGUCCAUGAGACAAAGGGGAUCACGCGAUGUUUCUUAAAUGAAAGCACCAACAAGAAAGGAGAGAGAGAGCUUAUUUUGAACACCGAGGGAAUAAACCUGUCUGAACUGUUUAAAUAUUCUGAUGUCUUGGACUUAAGCAGGCUUUAUUCCAAUGACAUUCAUGCGAUGGCUAAAACUUACGGAAUCGAGGCUGCCCUGAGGGUGAUUGAAAAGGAAAUUAAAGAUGUAUUUGCCGUGUAUGGUAUCGUGAUAAACCCCCGGCACCUUUCUCUUGUGGCAGAUUACAUGUGUUUUGAAGGUGUUUAUAAACCACUGAAUCGCUAUGGAAUACAGUCCAGCUCCUCACCACUGCAGCAGAUGACAUUUGAAACCAGCUACAAAUUCUUAAAGGAAGCAACAAUGAUGGGUGCCCACGAUGAACUGAGAUCUCCUUCUGCUUGCCUUGUGGUUGGAAAAGUUGUCAAAGGAGGGACCGGUUUGUUCGACCUCAAGCAACCUCUUACAUAGUGUUUGGCCUCUUUGUUUUAAAGGAUUUAUAUUUAAACAUGUUUUAUCAUAGUUUUCUGUGUGGCCUUUGCUGAAUGUCAAGACAAUGAAUGUUUGCCCGAGUCCUCUAACUGUGCAGUGUGGAAGAAUUGUGUAUAGUUAUAUGCAGUUCCUUUUUCCUCUGCUCAGCUCGGUUGGUAACCUUAAUGUAUGACACAGUUCAGCUCUAAAAAUGUUUGUACCUAAAUCUCCUCUGUUUAGGAACAAACAGAAAGAAAAUAUUGAUGUAUGCCAAAGAGAAAAGAACAAAAGAGUGUGCAUAUGAUUAGGAGCCAGCGAUAAUAUUUGUCACACAAGUCAAAGGAGAGCCUGCUCACCUACUCAAAUUUUGGUAGGAUAAAUUAUAGCUUGUGUAGUAUCUCCAGGCUGUUUCGAUAGCUCUAUCCCCUAGAAAUUUUACCUAACAUUAUUUGUAUUGACUCUGGGACAGAUCUGCAAGUGUUCCUAGGCAGUACAGUGUUAAACUGGAAUUAAGCUUCCUUCCUAGAGGCACAUGUUAUUCUUUUAUUGCAUUUGUAUGAUACUUCGAUAAUUGUUUAAAAAUUUAUAGGCACCUUUUCCUCUCCUGCUUUCCCCUCGCGUCAAGAAGAAAGUGUCUGUGACACAGCAGAUUCUCUGGCUAGUAUCCAGGAUUGUCCCCAGCAGAAAAGACUUCUGUACAACAUAAAAUUUCUUUUUCAGUUACAAUUUCUCUGUGCAACAUGCAAAAUGAAUUUCUGCCAAUGCAGCUAUACAAAGGGGUAUGUAAGAAUUUUGUAAAGCAGAGUUUUUAAAUUACUGUUUUGGUUUAACAUUUGUUCUGAAUAAGGAGGAAUCUAUAAUAAAUUAUAUCAAGAC